AUCGGCCCGGGUUCUGGUGGGAGCACACUACUGGGGCCUCUGAUGUAGCCGGCGGCGAUGAGUCGAGCAGACACAGUGAUGUAAUAGUAAUGGAAAAUAGGAAUAAAAGCUAGCGAGCUAGCAAACAAUAACCAUGUCAACGCCAACCGCCAACAUGUGCAAGCACAGCCCCUGCCACCCUGUAACCCUCUAGCUGCACGCCAUCGCCAAGGGGACCCGUCCGGGGCUGAUAUUGCGGGGGUGUUAACGGCCAAACAAGGGAGGGACAAGAAAACAUGGAAGGGCCUGGCCCCGAGCUUUGAGCAGCUGCGCCCGCCCGGCGGCGAACUGCUUGACUGGCCAUGAGCUGCCCGCCUCUCCCCCAAACACAAUACAUACGUAAUGAACUCUAAAAUGGGAAACAGCGCCUGCCUCUCUUUGCUGCUUUGGGGCAGGCGUGCGUCCGCCCGGAGGGGGAGGGCGGUGCAGCCACGAUCGUUUCCUUUGAACGGCUCGUGCGUGGCCAGAGGUGGGAUUUGGAUAAAUAGCAGCUGUCUGCGGCUUUUGCAUCCUGAUCUCUUGGCCCAAGAUCCUAAAGUUCCCAUCUUAGUCUGGACUUUUUAUUGAUACCACUCCCAUCACGACCAAUCCUAGAAAACAAAUUAUUCGUCCUCCUACCGCCUUUUGAACCUCGGGCAACCCAACAAUGACAGACGCAAAGAUGACGACCAAGGGCGGCGUCGCCACCACGGCCCCUGACCUCGAGCAGACGAGCGGGAGCCCGCCGACGUUUAGCGACCCCUUCGCCAAGGACCGACGCCAGAGCGACGAGUGGGACGCCUCCAAGGUCCCUCCCAGCCGGUUCCAGAAACGCAAGGGCUCCAUCUACUCGACGCCCAACUCGCGCGACGGCCACGUCGACAGGAAUUACGCCGCAAAGUUCCACGACCUGCACACGGAAAAGUACGCCAAGAAGGGCUGAUGGGAAGAAACAGCCGUGGAUGGCGUGGCGUGCUGUACCUUAGUCUAGCGGAAUGACAUUGGCCGUUUUCGUCUUGCGUCGUCGUAUCAGUGCCAUUUUCACACGCCGCC